AUGAGCUCAUGGGCGGGCAUUGCCAUGGUACUUGAGGCUGGUCAUAUCAGGGAUGCAAUGCGAUGCAACCAGUCGUGCCCCUUGAGUGGCCACCUGCAUAUCAUUGGCGAAAAGACCAGUCAUCCUGGCUCCGUUACACUCUCUUUUUAUGAGUCAUGUACCCACACCAUAACUAUCCCAUCCGAAGCUCUGAAUACAUGGCCUGGACAGGUCAUACGCUGGGAGAACGAAAGACAAUCUUUGGAGGGGAAGCGCACAUGUGAUUGGAAGGCGUUGAUACUUAAAAUGCAAUCUCAAGAAACAAGCAUUGGUGAGGGCGAUGUCUUUCGUACAUAUAAGGGCAACCUGUCCCUUGUAUCAGACAUUUGGAAGCCAUGUUCAUCGUCUCUCCUUUUCUUCAGUAUGUUUGUCAAAUUACCUAGUCGACCUGGGACAGCAAUAUUACCAGACCAUUCUCAUGGCGUAGAGAUGGAGGGAGAGAGGAAAGGGGUUAGAGUGGGUGAAGUUGAGAAUGAAAUAGAGAAGGUAGUGGAGGAGGAGGAGGAGGAGGAGGAGGAGGAGGAGGAGGAGGAGGAGGAGGAGGAGAUGGACAGUACCAGCAGCUACCACUCUGAAUUGGAGGAUGACUUAUUUUCCCUCACAGAAAGUAUCACCGAUUAUCCACUUGGCUCGCACAAGCUAAAUGAGCAGAAUGGCCGAACAUAUCAUGCAUUUUGUAAAGGGAAAUACCUUCUUCCGAACGAUGAGCGGGAAAAGGAUCGGAUGGAUAUGGUAAAUGAUGGUAUCUGGAUACUCAUUGCAUAA